AUGGUUGUUUCACUCCCCCCACAAUCUCAAACAUCUUCUCUUUUCUAUGGAGUUAAUAAUCCAUAUUUGAAAAAUGGACCUAAAGGUUUCAAAGAGUAUAAGAUUUUGAAGAAUGGAGACACGUACGUUAGGAUUGAUCUUCCCGGAGUUCCACUGAAAGCAGCCGUAGAAGUAUCUCUUUGGGCGGAUGAUAAGGGUGUGGAAGCCUUGGUGGAUGCACCAAAGCAGCACAAACACGACUCUUCUCAACGGACGUACUUUCCCACCAUCGGUUUCACGUGCGGAAGAUGCAAAGUCUUGCGAUUCACCUCCCAAAUGUGUGAUGGAGUUCUUAGACUUAUACUCACUCCAACAGCAAGGAUGCUUGGAGGGAGAUUUCUUAGUGGAGUAGAUGCGGAAGAAAAGUAUUUUUGUAGUUCUGCUGCUCACUGGUUUCCCUAUACCUCCGAUCCGUAUGACCCUUCGUUAACCGGUCCGGUAUUGGAGCCAAACCCUGCUGUUGAAGAAGGAUCGCGGAUGGCUUAUGAAUCGAAGCGGCUCCAAAACGGCAGCUUAUACGUGCGUGUAGACAUGCCAGGCGUUCCCAAAGACAGGUUCACGGUGUCGGUAGCGGACGGGAGAGUAACGGUGACUGGUGAAGCUCCGGCCGUUAGCCACGACUCAGGUGGCCGAUUCUACGCUGGUGACGUGGCCUUGCUCGAGACUCUUGUCACCUUUCGUCGCCGUUGGAUAAAAACGAUUGCCAAGGAUGGAGUUAUUAGGUUGAUCAUUCCUAAUCUUUGAUUUGAUAUUUGGAUUGCAUGGCAUGUUUG